AGUAGUGCAUCACUCCACCUGGAACGCAUAGCUUCCAUACUGGAAAGCCAAGCUGCAAAUAGGAAGAUCGUCACGGGCUUUCCCUUUGGCUUUUCGGGUCAAGCCCUUUGAGUCAAGUCGAAUUACAUGUUGGUGUCCGAGGGGUGGUGCAGCAGGGCAGCUGUGGUGGCAGCAGCGGCGGCGACUACGUCGACGACGGCGGUAUUGCAGCAGCAGCAGCAGCAGCAGCUGUAGUGGUUGGUGGUGGUGGUGGGCGUGGUAGGAGUGACGCGAGUGGCGGAUCGAUUCCCCCUGGGUGUCUCUCCAGCGACUAGCAGCGGCAGCGGCAGCAGCAGCAGCAGCAGCAGCAGCAGCAGCAGCGGCAUCGGCAGCAACAAGGCUCUAGUCAUCAUCAUGCCGGCUCGUGAGCGAGCAACGGCUCUCCACAUCCGCUGUGUCUGACGCCAUCCAUCCAUCCACUCGUAACGCUCGCUCUCGCUCUCUCACCUGCCCUUGGAGUCGCGAAUCAGUGUCGCCGCCGUCGUCGUUGAGAGUUCCUCCGUGCGCUGGGCUGUGGCCUUCCUGCUUCUGCGUCUGAAGGGGACACGUCACCGGCCGUUGCAUUCCUCCUCAGUGUGUUUAUUUGUGUCUGAGAAAAAUAUUGUGUUGUGUUUUGUCCAUUCUCUCUCGUACUCUCUCACCCAAGAAACUCAUAUUGUCUCGUCCUCUCCCCCGCCCUUUCCCCCGCCGGAGGCUACCGCCUGCCGCCAGCUGGCCUCUCGAGGGAGGUAAAUAGAGAGCCUGCUGCUGCCUUCCUCUCCUUACUACACGACCCCCUCCCUCUUCACCCACCGCUAACACCACCCAUCCGGCCCACGUACUCCCGACAUGCUCUGCUGAGGUACACGUGCAAAACUAACUUUCGGCGCAUUCGCACAGGAAAACAAAAACUGCUCUAGUUCCCUCGCCUACAGGCAGGCAAGUAGCUCCGUACUUCAUUGGGCGUGAUACAGGCUUCGUCUAUAUCCGCAACCAAGCCCCAUCGUCCUUCCUCCACGUCGGCCAUUGCAUCCCGUGGCCGCGGGUUAUUUUUCCUUGGGAUAGGCUCUACUGAAAGUCCGCCACCACGAGUCUCCUUGAGGAGGAGGAUCCCGAAGUGAGCAAGAUGGGAGGAGAGGAGGAAAAGCCCCAGGACCGACAGGCCGAUGACAGCAUACGUGUCAUCUGCCGCUUCCGGCCCCUCAACAAGUCCGAGGAGGCCGCCGGAAGUAAAUUCAUCUGCAGCUUUCCAAGCUCUAGAGGACAGGAAGAUCAGAUGGUCUCAGUUGGGGGGAAGCUGUACCUGUUCGACCGCGUGAUCAAACCCAACUGCUCACAAGAGAAGGUUUACGACAUCGUGGCCAGAGAUAUCGUCAGAGAUGUACUCCACGGGUACAAUGGCACCAUCUUCGCCUACGGACAGACAUCUUCCGGAAAGACCCAUACCAUGGAGGGCAAACUGGGUGACCCCACCUAUGAAGGUAUCAUUCCCCGGAUCGUGAACGAUAUCUUCAACCACAUCUACAACAUGGAGGAGGCUCUCGAGUUCCAUAUCAAGAUUUCCUACUUCGAGAUCUACAUGGACAAGAUCCGGGACUUGCUUGAUGUGUCGAAGGUGAACCUGUCCGUGCACGAAGACAAGAACCGCGUGCCAUCCGUCAAGGGCGCCACCGAACGCUUCGUGUCGUCGCCGGAAGAGGUCUUCGAAGUCAUCGAGCUUGGGAAGUCUAACAGACACGUCGCUGUCACCAACAUGAACGAGCAUAGCUCUCGCUCCCACAGCGUGUUCUUGAUCCAGGUGAAACAGGAGAACAUCGAAAAUCAGAAGAAACUGCUGGGAAAACUGUACCUGGUCGAUUUGGCCGGUUCAGAGAAAGUCGGGAAGACCGGAGCUGAAGGCGUUGUGCUGGACGAAGCCAAGAACAUCAACAAAUCGCUGUCCGCCCUCGGGAACGUCAUCGCCGCCCUCGCGGACGGAAAAGGCCACGUCCCGUACCGAGACUCGAAGCUGACCAGAAUCCUGCAGGAGAGCUUGGGAGGCAACGCAAGGACCACCAUUGUCAUCUGCGCAUCCCCGGCGUCCUUCAACGAAGCCGAGACCAAGUCGACAUUGGACUUCGGCAAGAGAGCUAAGACCAUCAAGAAUUGCGUGUCAGUGAAUGAAGAGCUGACAGCUGAAGAAUGGAAGAGGCGCUUCGCCAAGGAGAGAGAAAAGAACACAAAGUUGAAAGCACAGGUCGAACGCAUGGAAGCCGAACUGGAACGGUGGCGCAAAGGAGAAAAGGUCUCCUCAGAGGAACAGAUUUCUGUCGACAUGGAAAAGUCCGUGGUGGAAGAAACCAAGAAGCCGGCCACUCCAGCUCGCAUGAGCAACGAAGUCCACGACGCCUGGGAGAAGGAGAGGGAGCAGCUGUACCUCAGCCUCGACGAGAAGGACGAGGAGAUCAAUCAGCAGAGCCAGCUGGCCGAGAAACUCAAGGAGCAGAUGCUGGAACAAGAGGAGCUCAUCGCAGCCACAAGGCGAGACUACGAGGUCCUCCAGGCUGAGAUGUCAAGGAUCCAAGCCGAAAACGACUCUGCCAAAGACGAGGUCAAGGAAGUGCUGCAGGCCCUGGAAGAACUCGCCCUCAACUACGACCAGAAGAGCCAAGAGGUCGAGAAUAAGUGCAAGGAGAACGAGACACUUAACGAGGAACUUAGCGAGAAACAGACCGCCUUGACCUCAAUGCAAGGGGAGCUCCAGCAGAUGAAGGACUCCUCAGUGCACCUGCGAAGAAGGAUGAACGAGAUGCUCUUCUCCCUCCUGUCUGACCUCGGCGAAGUCGGCAACGUCGUCGGAGGAAGUGCGGGCGAUCUCAGCGUCAAAGUCAGUCAGGUUAACUCUGGAGACCCGAACAAACUAGAAGAGGAAUUCACUAUGGCCAGGUUAUACGUCUCUAAGAUGAAGAGUGAGGUCCGAAAUCUCGUCCAGAGGUGCAGCACGCUGGAAACAUUCCAGGGAGACUGCAACAAGAAGAUAGAUGAUUACGAGAAGGAACUAAGUGACUGUCGUCUCCUGAUCAGCCAGCACGAGGCCCGAAUGAAGACUCUGCAGGAGACCAUGCAUGAGGUUGAAGUUCGCAAGAGGCAGUUGGAGGAGCAGGUUGACUCUCUGACGGCGGACGUAGCAAAGCUGAAAGCCUCUGAGAGCAUUCCAGCUGACAGCGUCAGCAAAGAAGCUCUCGAGCAACAGAUGGAGACCCACCGAGAGCUCCACCAGAAGCUAGUGGCUCAACUUCGUCAGGAGAUCAAUAGCAAACAGGCCCUUGUGGACGAUCUGAAGGAUCAGAACCAGAAACUGAGCGUGGAACAUGACCAGUUGAAGUCGGAAUACAACAAACUCAAAGCUGAGGAGGCUGAAAAGAGCACUCGUCUUCACGAGCUCAUCUUGCGCCAUUGGACUCCCAGAGGUUCUCCAAGCAUGUUGAAUGAAAGAAGGGAACAAGCGCACAAUGACCUCAAGGGGUUGGAGGACACAGUGGCAAAGGAGCUGCAGACUUUGCAUAACCUGAGAAAGCUUUUCGUUCAGGACUUGCAAACCAGAGUUAGGAGGUCGGCAGCUGGGGAGGACGAGGACAUCCUCGGAGGAUCCGUUGCCCAAAAACAGAAGAUCAGCUUUUUGGAGAACAACCUCGAUCAGCUGACCAAAGUACACAAGCAGCUCGUCAGGGAUAAUGCCGACCUGCGCUGCGAGCUGCCCAAGCUAGAGAAGAGGCUGAGAGCUACCAUGGAGCGCGUCAAGACUGGUGCCGAAGACGAAGAUUCCGAUUUGCACUACAAGUUGGAGGAGGAUAAUGCCCAACUCCGCUGUGUUGUGCCCAAACUGGAGCAACGUCUUAAGGCAACUAUGGGCAGGGUACAGGCCUUGGAGACCGCUCUGCGAGAGGCCAAGGAAGGCGCCAUGAGGGACCGCAAGAGAUACCAGUAUGAGGUGGAUCGAAUCAAGGAAGCGGUCAGACAGAAGAACUUGGCCAGACGAGGUCAAGGGGCUCACAUUGCUAAACCAAUUCGCACGGGGCCUCAGAGCCUUCUUUCCCGACCGGGGGCUCUUGGUAUGAUGGCUAGACCAGCUCCUAAUCCCACACAAUUGCACUCAUUCGUAGCAACUAGCAGCUAAAUAACCAGCUAUAUACCUAUCCCGUAGAAGAUAUAGAAAAGAAAUAUUAACCAAGAAAAGACUCUCCGAAACAAAUAUGACUUCAUUGUGGUAUAUACGUACUACUGCUUGGCUCCAUUCUGAUGACCCUCAGCUUUUGUUCAGGCAGGGUCCAGAGUGGUGACCUUAUACUUCCUGUGGGGAAAAGGGGGUCUCUUCUAGUUUGAUGCCUUCGACCAGAAGCAUAAACAUCGAGAAGCAUCGCCCUCUGGCCUGGCUCUGUAUCUUGGCCAAAGGCUAGGCGACUUAAGAGGAGAAGCAUACCAGACGUGACGGUUAAUUUUUUCAUAUAAUUGCGCUCGAUUUCAUUAUGUGUCAUAUGCUUAAUGUGACCAUAUGUACCUCUGUGUCAUUUUUUUAGACCUACGAUAUUGAAUAUUAAUACACCGCAUAUAUUCACAUCAGUAUCUUAAGUGUUAUCACCUGUGGGUUAUGUCCAAAAUAUUGCAUGUCCAUGCCGUGUUCUUCAGUCUCAUAUAUCAUCCAUAUUCCGAAUCUUUGUGAAUAUGCUUCAGAGGAGAUAGGUAAAGUAGUCAUUCAAGCUUUUAGUCAUGACAUCAUUUUUACUUAAGCAUUCCGAUCUGCAAAUGACAUAACUUCAUGUCUAACUACUAUAAAUUCUAAGCCUGACGCAGGAUAGAUCAACUAGGCUUAUGGCAAGCAGAUCACGUGUCAACAGCCCACUACUUCUUGUGCAGCUUUUGAAACAACGCUUAGUUGAGGUCAGUUGUAACGGCUUAAAUGAAGUCAGUCCAUCAGGUACAAAAGGGUAAGAUUUGCCACAUUCAUCUGUGCCUCUUUUGUUUAGGCAAUCAAGAAGUUCACAUCAGGCCUCCUGAUCCUUUUCAUACCUUAGUAUAUGUACAUGAUUCCUUCUGGAAUGGGUCUGUGUUGGCAUGAGCCAGCUUAAUCUAGAGUAAAGUAAACCAACUAACUAGUACCCAACUUACCUCUAUCAGUCCAUCAGAUGCCUUCAGAAGCUGGAGUCCCACAAGGGUUCUGGGUGAAAAUGGAAGUUCUGUAGCACAUGCAAAUCGUUUUGGACACAACCUUCUCCUUCUCCCCAAAGUCACAAGUUGUGCUUGCAACUGAAUGGGUGUAACUUAAGCGUAAAGAAACGAAGUGUCUAUACCCUUCCAGAACCCCUUCCUGUCCUCUACACCCAAGCUAGUUAUUGAUGAUAAUAAUCAUGUAGUGAAGACGCAUCCCCUAAUUCACAAAGAAAGAGAGAAACGGAAAGAAAGAGAGCGAAUGGGCUGAAGAGUAAGUCGUUUUGAAAAUUUAUUUUUUUAGUUAUUUAUUAAUGAAGGAAACUCGUUUAAAUACAUUUAUACUGCAAGACUGGAAACCGGCAGUCAUGUUUGGGAUGGCACCGAAAGGCUUCUGCUCCAUGAUAGGUUCAACAAAGAGCAAUUCAAACUGGCUUUCAAGGCCAAACCAGGCACCGCCGAGCUGAAGGAAAGGGAAACGAGAUGAAUAGCCCUCAUUAUGGGAGCUACCACUGGAUUGAUUUGCGUCGUGCCGUCCAAAAUUGAUAUGACUUGGGGAAUUCGAUUUCACGAGUUUUGCAUGGGGACGCAGUCACCUCGGCUCCCAAGCAUGACAGUUGGUAGAGACAGUUUUGACCUGGAUCUGGAAGGCCAUGAAAGUGUAUAAUAGCUGAAAACUGAUCAGAUCGGUUGUUUAUACAAUAUCCAGCAACAUUUUUGUAAACCUUGAAAAAUUAAGAUGACUGAGUAGAACUGGAGGUUGCUUGUGUAUACCACAACCGAAUUUUGUUCACUGUUAGCAUUUAAGGCACACAAACUGCAUGUCAGACAUUGCACGUCUUAUACACGUUCCAGACUAAAAUUUACGGUAGAAUACUCGAGAGAAAGGAAAUGUGAUGGUCUCUCUUAUCGUUCAGUUGUUGUACACUUUCACCCUUCCUGAUCCUAUAUCCUGACGAUUAGCGUUAAAUACCUGUGGCAUUUUGCUUAAGGUGUAUCAUUAUAGACUACUAUACAUGUAUGUGUGUUUGGCCUUCAAUAACAUACGAGUGCUAUAUCAAAAUAUCUCAUUUCUUAUGUAGCAUGAAUUUAAUAUGGGAGUGGUGUUUAACAUACCAUAGGAUCUAAUAAUGACUUGGUAUAUUUUGCAUGUAUUGUUUUUAUUAGUAUGGCUGUUAUGGUGACUAUAUAAUUCAUGCUAUAUAAAUAAUAUAGAAAAAUAUUAGCUAUAAUACACGGUACACCAUCAAGGUUACUAUUUAUUUGUUUUAGUCAUUCAUUAACGUCAGCAUUUCAUUUCCUAAGUCAAUUCUAAGUAUUAUUAGUUUAAACGUUCCGUUUUGUUCCUGAUCUAGUUGUGUUCAUAAGCGCUUUUAUUCGGUUUAUAUGUAUAUAUGCAUAUUUGUAUGCGUGCAUUUAAGUUACGUAACACUGCUGCAUUUUUCUGUUCCGUUUUCUUAUUUAUUUCACUUUGCUUUAUAUUUCGUUCGUUUUUCAGAUAUAUCGCAAGCAGGAAACCCAGCUUUUCUUCCGUGAAAAGGUGGACAUUUCUGUAAGUCUUGUGGAAAAGGUGCCGUGAAGGGAAUAUAAAGUUAAAUGAAAAAUUAAUGUUAUUGUGGUAAUAAUGGUGAGCACUCUCUUUAUUGCCUAUUGCACUUGACGGGGUGAGCUUUCAAUGUCUUGUUUUGAGUAUAUAUAUAUAUAUAUAUAUAUAUAUAUAUAUAUAUAUAUAUAUAUAUAUUAGUAUAUAUAUAUAGUUUAUUUAUGCGCACAUGCAUUGUGUGCAUAUGUAUUCACGCAAGCAUCUACUAGAAUAUAUUCAGCAAUGCGGACUUCUCUGCCAGCAUCAAAUCUCAAAAUACUUAUUUUAUUUACAAAAAGUCACAGUGCAAUCAGUUCGCUUUUGGCUUUUCCCAAAGGAAAUCCUAUUUUACGAAAGUAAUAAAACAGGUAAAAACUCCAUUAUGUUUAUGGCAAUGAGAGUAGGUCUCUCCUGAGGAAGGAGGUUGAUUUGACAACUAAAGAAGCGAGACAUAUUAUUAGGUGUAAUGGAACGUGUUGGUGUAUGUUUCUGUAUGUGCGUUGUGAGUCUGGGUAUGAGUGAAUGUGUGUAUUGUGCUCCUAUAGGGUGAUGCCCCUGGGUGAUUGCUGCAUUGUUAUCAUACUUUAAGUGGUUGACAUGGACACAACAUCCUCACAGAAUUAGGUCAUCGGAGCCGGUACUGCGAAGUUCAUCGUAUUUUUGGCAUACAAGUAAGGUUUUCUUACUCUGCAUUUACAUUUUAAAGUAUUCUCAUCACAUGUGGAACCAUUACCACAAUCUACAAAGGAAACGGCAUUUUGCUCUGAGCUACACUAAAAAGACAAAGUAUUCCUGAACAGUACUGUAGAAGAGCACAAACAGAAGGAAGUGCAUAGCUUCUGGUGGGUAAAAUAGCACUAACACUUUGCGGUUGUAGUCUUUGCUCUUCCUGUAAAUCUACCCUCUUUAUAUAUCAUAAAAAGUAUGUGACUAGCAUCGACGAAGUACCUAACGGACGUUAGUAACUGAUAUAACAAAUCAAAUACGACUGGACUGAAAGCGCCGGCGAUUACAUGACCUCCUUCUAGUGGGUUGCAACUUUUUUGCCUCUCUAGAUUAAUCGCAAUGUAACACAUUCGGUGACUGUCGAGUAGCACACCCUCGGCUCAAGGAUCCGUGGAAAGGGCGAUGCAAACAAAACAACCAAACAAAAAAACAAAAAACAAAAAACCAAAAAAAAAAAAAAAACUCUAGAGACGUUCCCUGUUUCCAUAAUCUCGGUAGAGUUGACAGGUUAAUGUUUUAGUUCUUCAAGUAGGAAUAUAAAAGUAGUGAGCAUCUCAGACAGUGCUUGUAUGACGGCCUUUGCUGUAAUUCGACGUUUCAUACGUGUCAGCUUCAAUGUAUCAAUUGCGUUUUAGUCCGGAGUCUGUUUCCGAGAUGGAUCCUUGAGGUGAGCGCUCCAACUCAUGUCUGUUUUAUAUUCAUUUCAUCAUAUUGAUUUUCACUCCAUCUUUCUUUUUUACGUUGUUUGAGACUCUUUCUUAAUGUAUAUAGUCCCUUUGUCACGUGAUUUGCUUAAAAACCCACAGUAAUUAUAUAUAUACAUAUAUCUGCUUAGGGAGAUGAAUAUUCAUUUUAUUGAUAACAAAGCAAGGGAUUAACUCCGAGUAGUCUCUGCAUUAUUCUUUUAUGUAAAAUUAAACAUGAAAUAACAGUUGCUGUUGUUGUUUAUAAAUACUUAAUAUAAAAAACUGCUAAAUAUUUAGAAGUGAUUCCUGUACAUGGAAAUAAACAUUCCAUUGCUUGCAAUAGAGUUUCCAUUUAGUUUUGCAUUAUUGCUCGUAAAGUAAGACAUUGAAGAGGUAUCUCAAUUUAAUUUUAUACACACUAGUGAUAAUUUAAAGAGGAAUAAGAAGCUGUAGAUAGAUCUUUUAAGUAUAUUUAUUUAUUUAUUGUUUAUAAAUGUGAAACAAUCCAGGUUGUCUUAAUUCUUUCUGUGGAGAGAUUUAUUGAAAAUAUCAUUGUUGUUUAUUUGUAUUGAAGCCUUCUCCAAGAAUGACUAUAAUAAAACAAAACCCAUAAAACUAA